CAUAAUAUUUUUAAAAAAAAUUAAAUAACUUUUUAUAUUUAAAUUUAAUGUUUGUAUUAAAUGAAUAUGAAAUGUGUUUUACUGACUAAAUUGUUAAUACUGAUAUAAAAUAAUUCGUACUUGAUUAAAUUCUGAUUUCUGAAGUUAAAUAUGCCUACCGACAGUGAAAGCAAAGAUAAUACAUUAACAAGAAAUUCCAAUCCAACAGAUGAUGAAGACGUAACAUUUUUUUUUUUUUACGAUUUAGUUAAACAAUUAAUUUUAAAACGUAGUGAUAUCGGAGAUUCUUUUGUAUUAUCAAGCUGGUUGAAAGUGUUGAAACAAAAUAAAAAUAAAGUUGUUCGAAAUGAAUAUAUAAAACUUAUGACGUUAGCAUUGCAAUAUCCAGAACCAAUGUGUCCAUUUAAAGACCCUCCUCCCGAGACAAUUGAUCCUUUGGAAAGUGGCGUGAUCGAAAUGGCGAGAAGAUUUUUAAAGAAAGAAGGUACUGCGACGUGUAUCGGAAAUAACGAAAAGGAAACUUUUCCAACAAUUAGCACAGCAAUGUCUUAUGACAAACGCCAAUAUGCUUCAUAUCAAAUUAUACCGAAUGUUGGUGUUCAGUGUUAUUACGCCUUUUCAGACGAACCGAUGUAUAAUUGGAAUUUAUCAUCCCAAAUAUCAGUCCCUAAAGGUGGACCACUCGCCACGGACAUUGAUUGGGAAAGAGCACUAGCGGGUAUUCAAUUACAAUUGAACAAGCCUAGCACAGACAAUACAAAACUUCCGAACGCCCGAAAAAAUGAAACCGCUAAAGAUGACGAAAACGAAGUCAAGUCAUCAGUUUCUGGAACCGCGGCUUCAAGGAAAAAGUCAGAUAGAUUAAAAGAAAGCGGGGAGACUUCAGAUCUUUGCGAUGUAAUGAACAUAGAACAACAAAACCGAAAUGUGAACGAAGUAUUCGAAUGGAACGAUGCAAGUCUAUUGACUGGAGAUAUAAGACUUGGCGCAGAAAUGUGUUCGGAUCGAAAAGUUGAUGCUCAAAUUAAAACACAAAUAGAACUUGACAAAGAAGCAUUUAAUGCCUACGAUAAACUUUAUCCCGGUGAUUUCUUGAUAAACGUAGAGCAGUCGGUUAUUGAUGAUAUAAUUCCAAUAAAAACCAACGUUGUUACGGAAUCUGGCGAUAAAAAAACGAUCAAAGAAGAUAAACAACAGAAACAGUCGUUGGCACAGGACGACGAUGGCUGCGGCGGCGCGAAAAAAAAUCAACGCGAGUGCCCGCGGCCGAAAUUAUGCACGAUAAGGCAGAGUGCAGGCCACGGGAACGUCAAACCGCCGCCCGAAGAAAGCCGGACCGCUUUCGAGAAGUCAUCAAAGUCGGAGCAUCAGCGUCCACGGAUUUCCGAUCUGGCCCGCAAACUGGCCGCGCUAAAUGCCCCCGACGGCCGCACCGGCCAUUACAAAAGUCGCAACACGUUCGUCGAUCCGCCGGCGAGACGUCCGGGAGGCUACGACGAAUGCAGUGGUGGCUGGGCCGUUUUGAGACCCUCCCGGUCCACCGAAUCGCGCGCCGAACGGAACUUGAACAGCGGGAUGCUGUUCCGACGGUCGGAACGGCGGAGCGUGACGUCAGACUUCACCAGUGAACGUUCCGAGGAGGUGAGUUCAAUGUUGCGAAGCAGACGCACCGACCCGAAGAGCGUCAGCCUGACACAGCUGUACGGAAGAUCCGCUAAAAGUCGCGACGACGAGUCGAACGAACCAUCGUCGGACGUGUAAACGCGUUUAUAUUACCUAGGUACCUACCUCUCUAUCUACCCAUGUUUAUAUUUCGUCUGAAUAAAACGUGUAACGGGUCACCGUCGUCACCCAAAAACAUUUUAAGCUAA